AUGGCUCCAAUAAACUCGCCUGAUAUGCCGCCGAGGCGUACCAAAAAGGUACGGAGUCACAAGACAGCUGAUGCGUUUGUCUUGAGAGAUCUGAAAGAAGAAGAUGCUGGAAACUACAUUUGUGUGGCUACAAGUGCAGGAGUGUUCCAUAUCGAGACAAUAAGUGAUGUUGAAGUUAGAAAACCGCGAGAUUGUUCAGAUCUGCUAAAAUCAGGCCAUACUCAGAGUGGAGUGUACUCUAUCAACCCAGAAGGUACAGGACACUUCAGUGUCUACUGUGACAUGCGCACUGACGGUGGAGGCUGGACCGUGUUUCAGCUGACGUUAUUGACCGGAGGUGAAAUUUCACCUCCUUAG